AUGGCUGAGGAUCAAGGACUUGUGUUUUAUUAUUACUGCACAUUGAACUACAUGUAUUUAACGGAUGUGUAACACAUUGAAAUGAUACACAAUAUAAACACAUGAUAAACCACAUAUACUGUUACAGUCAGUGCUUGGUAUAUACUUGUGUGUAUGCACAGUAUUUGGCAGUGUGAGAUUUCAGUAACAUGUGUUGCUUGGUCUAGUAAGGCCAUGUUUAUUUAUCCUGUGGCUACAAAUGGAGCAGAAGAACCAAUCCAUUCAUAUCUGUGUAGUAUAUUUACAGAAUCACAACAAAAAUAGUUUCAACGAUAACUCCACUGUAGUAGCCUGGGUAACGAUAACUCCACUGUAGUUGCCUGGGUAACAAUAACUCCACUGUAGUAGCCUGGGUAACGAUAACUCCACUGUAGUUGCCUGGGUAACAAUAACUCCACUGUAGUAGCCUGGGUAACGAUAACUCCACUGUAGUUGCCUGGGUUACUGCGAUAUAUUGAUGUCAUAUGUUUUAUCUUGACAGCUACAGUAUAAAGCCAGACCCAGAAACACCCAGAAACACUAGUGUACAACUUUAUAAGACAACUUUAUAAGACUGGCAUUCAGUAUUAAUGAGAUACAGGAUAGUGAAGAGGCCCUGUGUUUGUCUGUGGGAAGAAGUACAGUAUGGUCCCCUCCUUUCUUUUCCAUUAAGACUAAACAUAUAGGCCUGUCUAAUAGGUCUGUCUAAUAGGUAUGUCUAAUAGGUCUGUCUAAUAGGCCUGUCUAAUAGGCAUGUCUAAUAGGUCUGUCUAAUAGGCCUGUCUAAUAGGUCUGUCUAAUAGGUCUGUCUAAUAGGCCUGUCUAAUAGGUAUGUCUAAUAGGUCUGUCUAAUAGGCCUGUCUAAUAGGUCUGUCUAAUAGGUAUGUCUAAUAGGUCUGUCUAAUAGGCCUGUCUAAUAGGUCUGUCUAAUAGGUCUGUCUAAUAGGCCUGUCUAAUAGGUCUGUCUAAUAGGUCUGUCUAAUAGGCCUGUCUAAUAGGUCUGUCUAAUAGGUCUGUCUAAUAAUAAUAAUAAUAUGCCAUUUGGCAGACGCUUAUAUCCAAAGCGACAUACAGUCAUGCGUGCAUACAUAUUUUUUGGGUAUGGGUGGUCUGUCUAAUAGGUCUAAUAGGUCUGUCUAAUAGGCCUGUCUAAUAGGUCUGUCUAAUAGGUCUAAUAGGUCUGUCUAAUAGGUCUGUCUAAUAGGUAUGUCUAAUAGGUCUAAUAGGUCUAAUAGGUCUGUCUAAUAGGCCUGUCUAAUAGGCCUGUCUAAUAGGUAUGUCUAAUAGGUCUAAUAGGUCUGUCUAACAGGUCUAAUAGGUCUGUCUAAUACGCCCGUCUAAUAGGCCUGUCUAAUAGGUUUGUCUAUUAGGUCUGUCUAAUAGGUCUAAUAUGUCUGUCUAAUUUUACACAUUUUUAGACUAAAUGAAGUAGAGUAAGUAGAGUACAGAGGGCUUGCAUUGCAGACUGGUCUCUCUCUCUCUCUCUCUCUCUCUCUCUCUCUCUCCCCUCUCUCUCCUCUCUCCUCUCCCAUCUCUCUCUCUCUCUUCUCUCUCUCUCUCUCUCUCUCUCUCUCUCUCUCUCUCUCUCUCUCUCUCUCUCUCUCUCUCUCACACACACACACACACACACACACACACACAGAGGUUGGAAAGCCCUCUUAGCCUUGUGAGAUAUGUCACACUCAUCCAAUCCAAGGAAUUCUCACAGGAACUCGCUCUCAUGCAGGUGAGAAAACACACACACAGUACACACAGAGAGAGAGAGAGAGAGAGAGAGCGAGGGAGAGAGAGAGAGCGGGGGAGAGAGAGAAAGAGAGCGAGAAGGAGAGAGAGAGAGAGGGAGUACCUAUUCUACUCAGCACGGUGGCAGACUCACUGUUUUGAGGCGUGUGCACAAAGUUUCCAACGCUUAUGCACUGUCUCCACUCUCAACUUAUUAUAAUGGAGAUGACCAUGCAAGAUGGAGAGAGACAAUAAUAACUUCAGCAUCGCACUCAAGUCAUUGUCAACAGACGUAUUAUCUUAGACCUAUUUAGCCCUAUCAAGUGAUCACACAACCUUUCCAAGACGAAUAGAGUUAGCCAAUUCGGAUUCUUAAUUCUUGUUAAAUGGGCAUUUCCCGGCGACGGGAAGUAUUGCUAUUGAAAUGUUUAGUAGUUUAUGUAAAAAAUGCAACUACUGGAUUUUAUUUCAUACCCUGCUCAGCGUUUUUGUUUGAGAAGUGGACAACCUUCUGAUGCAAUAGUAUAGCCUUGAUACUUCAAACCAAAAGGACCUUGCACAGAUGAAUAGUUGUCAAACAGAGUUUUUAUUUGAUAGUGUGCCUUGGGGUGAUGAUGACGAAGACUCUCAAUUUUAUCACCGGAAUAUUUCUAGUUUUCCAGUAUCAAAUAAGUAAUGUGGAAUUAAUGCAUGCAAGUGGUAAGUCAUUAUUUAAAAUAGUAUUUAUUUAUUGUAAGUCAUCAAUUAAAAUAGUAUUUAUUUAUAGUAAGUCGUUAUUUAAUAUAGUCUUUAUUUAUUGUAAGUAAUUAGUUAAAAUAGUCUUUAUUUUUUGUAAGUCAUUAUUUAAAAUAGUCUUUAUUUAUUGUAAGUCAUCUUUUAAAAUAGUCUUUAUUUAUUGUAAGUCAUUAUUUAAAACAGUCUUUAUUUAUUGUAAAUCAUUAUUUAAAAUAGUCUUUAUUUAUUGUAAGUCAGCAUUAAAAAUAGUAAUUAUUUAUUGUAAGUCAUUAUUUAAAAUAGUCUUUAUUUAUUGUAAGUCAGUAUUUAAAGUAGUCUUUAUUUAUUGUAAGUCAUUAUUUAAAGUAGUCUUAAUCUAUUGCAAGUCAUUAUUUAAAAUAGUCUCUAUUUAUUGUAAGUCAUCAUUUGAAAUUGUAUUUAUUUAUUGUAAGUCAUUAUUUAAAACAGUCUUUAUUUAUUGUAAGUCAUUAUUUAAAACAGUCUUUAUUUAUUGUAAGUCAGCAUUAAAAAUAGUAAUCAUUUAUUGUAAGUCAUUAUUUAAAAUAGUCUUUAUUUAUUGUAAGUUAUUAGUUAAAAUAGUCUUUAUUUAUUGUAAGUCAGUAUUUAAAGUAGUCUUUAUUUAUCAUAAGUCAAUAUUUAAAAUAGUCUUUAUUUAUUGUAAGUCAGUAUUUAAAGUAGUCUUUAUUUACAGUAAGUCAUUAUUUAAAGUAGUCUUUAUUUAUCGUAAGUCAUUAUUUUAAAAUAGUCUUUAUUUAUUAUAAGUCAUUAUUGUUCUCCAGUUCUCUCUGGUGUGUUUGUUUUUUGAAGCUCAGCCAUGUGCACUAACAUUUCUGUAUAGCCUUAAUGUUUUGGCAAGUUAUUCACCUUUUAAAUAAAUCAAAAUAUUGAAGAAAUUACUGUAAACAUUAGACCAUAAAAGUACAGGAUAAAAUGCUGUGAUAGGCUACAUCACUGCAAUACUGAAUCCUUAAAGAGUGGACACGGUUGUCUGGCAUAUAAUAGAAUACUUCCCAAGGGACCUUCCUAAGAUAAGAGGAGAUAAGAUUAACUUAACAAGAUAACAGGACUUGCUACAGAAAUGUCACUUUACUGACAUGCAUGUAGGUUUAUUACUGCUUUAGUGUCAGUUCAUGGCUCAUUAAAGGGGCAAUAUGCAAUUGCUACAUUCAUUAUUGUACCCAUUUAUAUACCCAUUGAUUCUUGAAGAAUAUAACUUAUAAAUGCCUCAUGAGCUUAGUUCAAUUGUCUUACCCCAUCAGCACCCAAAAUAUAAGCUUGUUUUACUAUUUUGUUUGUAAACAAAGUAAUUGUAAACAAACACUGUAUAGCCUCAAAACAUGAUUAAAACUGUUAAUUUGAUCUCAUGGAUGGUCAGUCCUUGCAUCCAUAGCUCUGUCUAAGAAGUUGACAGUGGCUACAUUUCUCCAGCCCCAUCCCUAAGCUAUUUACCAAAUCAGUGGCGGGGUGCCCGCUUUCUUAUUGUUUGAACUGCAGACUGCCCAUUAAACCAGUUCUUUAAGGUGUUCUAUAUGUCUCCAAACCACAAUAACAAUUCUAAGUCUGCUGUUGAUAGUAGAACACUAUGUGACACACUCUAUGAAACUCACAACAUGUCUUCCUCCAUCAUAGCUGCCCCCAUAACCUCUGGGUUGGGCCUGCUAGUGUGAAGAAUGUGCGGCAGCCUUUCACUCUCUCCUGCGAAAAGAGGGGGGAGUUUAGAUGCACUGCUGUCCCUGGCAGGAUGAUUGAGUGGGGGUGGAUGUUUGUUUUGCCCAGGGAAGAGACGUUAGUAUGCUGUCUGUGUCUGUCUCAUGUUGACACUGGCAUGCAGGCAGAUGUAGGCUAGUAUAUAAAGAUGGGUUUAGUUCCAAGGACUGUCUCUGUCUGAAGACGUUCAACAUGUCAUUGUCACCCUCACAUAGGAGAUUCCUGGGCCCUUUUCAAACACUGGUGAGAUGAAACAUAACCAGCAUACUAUGUCAUAGGGAGCCCCUUCUACUCUCCUCAGGGGUCUCCCAUGCUGGUGUGCAGGGGCUGGCCCUCUCUAGAGGAGUAUCAGAUCUGGAUCAAAUACAUUAUGUGUCAAAUACUUUGAAGUGUGCGGUUGAUUUAGCUUGACCGGAAUUCAGGGGGGUUUGCACUUUUGCAUUGGUUCCAUUGUAUCAGGAUAAAUCAAGCACACCUCAUGUAUCUGAACGUGUUUUUGUUUGGUCCAGGUCUGGAGAGUGUGUCUGAGGACCAGGCAUCCUCCAGCCAGAGGUGGAGGAGGUGGCUGGCCACCCCCAGGCCGGGGGCCCCGAGCUGGGCCAGUGACGACCGCCACGGCCACUACAAGGACCAGGAUGACCUACUGACUGAGGAGAGACAUGACAACAGCUCCCAGAUUGAAGUAGGAACAACAACAACAACAAUAACAACAACAACAACAACCAUUUUAAGGGCCAGGUGUUUUCCAUCAUGACCAGGCCAGUAAAAAACUCUGAGCCCUAGUUAAUUAGACCCCAGAGUGUUUCUUGGCCAGGUCUUGUGUUUAGGAAAAGUCAGGACCCUGUAAUGUUUAAUAAUGUUUCUUGUUCUAACUGUCAUAUUGACAUGAUAUAGCCCUGUGUAGCUCAGUUGGUAGAGCAUGGUGCUUGCAACGCCAGGGUUGUGGGUUCGAUUCCCACAGGAGGCCAGUAUAUAAAAAUAAAAUGUAUGCACUCACUAACUGUAAGUCGCUCUGGAUAAGAGUGUCUGCUAAAUGACUAAAAUGUAAAUAUAGAACUCUACACACUCUAUAUCUCAAUGUCAGAAUCAAGCUUGAAAUUAUCUCUCAUUGUUCAGCACAUAUUCAGGACUUAUAGUGUAUACCAUCGAACACAGUGUUUCCCAACAGUACACAUUUUUAUUGUAACCCUGGACAAGCACACCUGAUUCAACUUGUCAACUAAUCAUCAAGCCCUCAACGAGUUGAAUGAGGCAUGUUUGUCAAGGGCUACAACGAAACUGUGUACUGUUGGGAGUACUGGAGGACUGGAGUUGGGAAACACUGAUUUAUUCUUACAUGAAUGUUGUUUAUCCCAGGAAACACUGAAUUCUAACAUGAAUGUUGUUUAUCCCAGGACAUGAACCAUAACUACUACACCUCUAAGAUAUACGGGGCUGCAGAGACUGCUGGUAAAUCUCUAUGGGUGGACAUAGAUCAGCUGGACCCAGAGAAGGGGAAGAUCCACGGCCUGCUGUCCAACACACACAGACAAGCAGCGGUACGCAGCCUUAGGGCAGGGGAUAUCAAACCAUCAGGGAUAACGGCAUGCUCCUGUUUAGUGCAUGCUGUCAUGACAAGUCAGCACCUAGCUCUUGCAUUUAUCAGGAGUCGACUGUAUGUUUACAUACUACACUGUAUGAUUUUUACAAUAUAAGUGAUGAUUACUCAUACCUUGUGUCACCUUGUCUUGUCACUGGAACUCAACUUUGUGUUUGUGGUUUUUCUUCUUUCAGAGAGUUCAUCUGUCCUUUGACUUCCCUUUCUAUGGUCACAUACUGAGAGAAAUCACAGUGGCAACUGGUGGUACGUCAAACUCUGAUGUAUGAGAAUGAGUAUGUGACCAUUAGCACCAUUAUAAGAGACCUCCACCAUCACUUCCUGAAAUAAGAGCUCUGUGUGUGUGUGUGUGUGUGUGUGUGUGUGUGUGUGUGUGUGCGCACGCUCUCCACCAGGUUUCAUCUACACAGGAGAUGUCAUCCACAGGAUGCUGACAGCCACUCAGUACAUCGCCCCUCUGAUGGCCAACUUUGACCCCAGUAUGUCCACAAACUCCACUAUCAGUUACUUUGACAAUGGUAAGACAUAUAGACAUAGAGCCAAACAGGCAAUUGUGUCUCUAUAGAUGCUAAGCCCUGCUCAGUCAAUCAAAGGUUUUUUAGAAAAGUCAAUGACAACUAACCUUAUCCAUGUGCAGUGAAAUAACAUAGCUAUACUGUCUUUGUGUAUCAAUCACAACGUUGGUGGUUUUAACCAGCCUGUGUGUGUUUCUCUGUCUGUCCUCUAGGCACAGCCUUGGUAGUCCAGUGGGAUCAGGUUCACCUGCAGGACAGUGUCAGUCAAGGUCCAUUUACCUUCCAGACUGCUCUGCACAGCGACGGACGCAUCGUCUUUGCCUACAAAGAGGUGACGCCCCUCUUCCUCGCUAACUGUUACUUAUUCUAGAGAAGUAGAGUUAUUUGCCAUUAGCUUUAAUUGUAGUUCAUUUGUACACCUCAUUGUCCUGUGUGUAGGUUCCCAUUGACAUCAGUGAGAUCAGGUCAUUGAACCACCCUGUCAAAGUGGGCCUCUCAGACGCAUUUGUGGUGCUUCAUGAGAUUGAGCAGAUACCCAGUGAGUACCAUCAUACUUCACUACUCUACUGAGAGUGUCUCUGUGUCGUCGUUCCCCCCCCUCAUCCCUGGUCCUCCAGUAUGAUUAGACCUGACUGCAGUCUGACCACCAUUGACAACCUUCUCAUUAUGCCAGAUGUUCGCAGGAGGACCAUCUAUGAGUACCACAAAGUGGACAUCCUCAAGUCCAAGAUCGCCAACUCUACAGCGGUUGAGAUGCUUCCUCUGCCCAGUAAGUCUAUAGCCCCGUUAAUACCUGGUUCUAACAUGUGUCCUGUUUCCUGAUAUUGUCCACAUUCUGAUUUUGCCCACAUUUUCAGACUUGCGUCUACACAUAGUGUUAAAAUAGUGUCUCUUAUCUGUCCACUGUGUCCACUGUGUGACCUGAUUUCCUGGUCUCUCCCUGUAUGCAAAUCAUUUGACAGAUAUUUUAAGACAUACAGUGCUAUCGGAAAGUAUUCAGACCCCUUCCCUUUUUCCACAUUUUGUUACGUAAUGUAUUAUAAUGACAAAGUGAAAUAGGUUUUUUGACAUUUUUGCACAUUUAUUCCAAAUUAAAAACUGACCCUUUGCUAUGAGACUCAAAAUUGAGCUCAGUUGCAUCCUGUUUCCAUUGAUCAUCCUUGAGAUGUUUCUACAACUUGAUUGGAGUCCACCUGUGGUAAAUUCAAUUGAUUGGACAUGACUAUAUGACUGUCUAUAUAAGGUCCCACAGUUGAAAACAAGCCGUGAGGUCGAAGGAUUUGUCCGUAGACCUCCAAAACAGGAUUGUGUCGAGGCACAGAUCUGGGAAAGGGUACCAAAAAAUGUCUGCAGCAUUGAAGGUCCCCAAGAACACAGUGGCCUCCAUCAUUAAAUGGAAGAAGUUUGGAACCACAAAGACUCUCCCUAGAGCUGGCAGCCCGGCCAAACUGAGCAAUCGGGGGAGAAGGGCCUUGGUCAGGGAGGUGACAAAAACCCAAUGGUCACUCUGACAGAGCUCCAGAGUUCCUCUGUGGAGAUGGGAGAACCUUCCAGAAGGACAACCAUCUCUGCAGCACUCCACCAAUCAGGCCUUUAUGGUAGAGUGGCCAAAUGGAAGCCACUCCUCAGUAAAAGGCACAUGACAGCCCUCUUGGAGUUUGCCAAAAGGCACCUAAAGGACUCUCAGACCAUGAGAAACAAAAUGAUCUGGUCUGAUGAAACCAAGAUUGAACUCUUUGGCCUGAAUGCCAAGUGUCACGUCUGGAAUAAAAACCUGGCACCAUCCCUACGAUGAAGCAUGGUGGUGCCAGCAUCAUGCUGUGGGGAUGUUUUUCAGUGGCAGGGACUGGGAGACUAGUCAGGAUUGAGGGAAAGAUGAACGGAGCAAAGUACAGAGCCAUCCUUGAUGAAAACCUGCUCCAGAGCACUCAGAACCUCAGACUGGGGUGAAGAUUCACAUUCCAACAGGACAACAACCCUAAGCACACAGCCAAGACAACAUAUGACUGGCUUCGAGACAAGUCUCUGAGUGUCCUUGAGUGGCCCAGCCAGAGCCCGGACUUGAACCUGAUCUAACAUCUCUGGAGAGACCUGAAAAUAGCUGUGCAACGACACUCCCCAUUCAACCUGAUAGAGCUUGAGAGGAUCUGCAGAGAAGAAUGGGAGAAACUCCCCAAAUACAGGUGUGCCAAGCUUGUAGCGUCAUACCCAAGAAGACUUGAGGCUGUAAUUGCUGCUAAAGGUGCUUCAACAAAGUACUGAGUAAAGGAUCUGAAUACUUAAGUAAAUGUGAUUUUUCAGUUUGUAAUUUUUAUACAUUUGCUAAAAUGUCUAAAAACCUGUUUUUACUUUGUCAUUAUGGAGUAUUGUGUGUAGAUUGAUGAGGGGAAAAAACAAUUUAAUCAAUUUUAGAAUAAGGCCGUAACGUAACAAAAUGUGGUAAAAGUGAAGGGGUCUGAAUACUUUCCGAAUGCACUGAAUAUUGAUGCCAUAAGUCAAUGGUGCUUAACAAAAUAUAGAAUAAGUGAAGGGGUCUGAAUACUUUCGGAAUGGACUGUAUAUUGAUGCCAUAAGUCAAUGGUGCCACCUGUCAAUGGUUUUAGAGGGCUGUAUAAUGAUGAUUUGAAUGGUUUCACUGUCCAGAUCCGACUACACUUGUAAGAUAUCAAGACUACCUCUAGAGGUGUUCAGGAAGAUCUGAUCACAAUCAGACCACAAUGCGUCUUUUAAUUGUCUACACCUGUCCAAAAAUGUGGGCACAAUCAGAAUGCGGAUUAGAUCAGGGCAAAGGACACAUGUUAGAACCAGGCAUAAACGGGGCUUAAGUCUACAGGGUUCUUUACAGUUAGAUCUAUGGUAAUGAUUUGUGCUGGGCUAGAGCAAAAAUGUGCAACUUUUGGGGUACUAGGAUCUCGCUUUUUUUCUCUCAGCUUGUCUUCAGUUCUCCAGCUGUGGACCCUGUGUGUCAUCUGAGAUCAGCUUCAACUGCAGCUGGUGCAGCAGACUACACAGGUAAAAGUCAAGUCCAGGUCAAGUUUGUUGUUGCCAUUUGUAGGUACAGAAUGCAUACAGUGGAAUUUUGCUGUGACAUGAGUUCAUAGAGAAAAGUAACAACCUAUCGCUACCAUAUGAGUACCAUGUUGUGUCCUAAUGGUUGUUCUGUUCUGUUAUUUAUAACAGGUGCUCCAGUGGCUUCGACCGGCAUCGUCAGGACUGGAUAGAUAAGGGCUGUCCUGAAGAGGUAUUGAACAGUUCACUAUUCACUUCAUUUGUUUUCUUCUGCCUCAAGGAAACUAUUUCAAAACUGGAAACUAAUUCACGCUGUCUUGAUUUCACAGGGGAAAAACCAGAGCUGUGUUCAGAUGGUUCACACCAACACCAACACCACAACACCUUACAAUGUUCCUAAUGCUCACACUACAACCACUCCAGUUGCCACGACAAGAACAGUGCGACAACGGACUACCACCUCCAUCACCACGACUACCUCCACUACCACCACUACCACUACCACUACUACAACCAGACCCAUACCCAAUGUCACCACUGCCCUCCCCUUCACCAGUGCUCCUACGGUGGGUAAGUAGUAGUACCACUACCUGGCCUUUUUGAUCAAGACACGUUUACCAUUUGGCGCCAUGGGGAUGCUAGGAUGAGUGAGUGACAUUUACCAAACCCUUUUACUAUGACUUAACAUUUACCAAGCCCUCGUGGGUUUACAAUGACUUCAUAUUUUAAAAGACUGAAGUGGUGCAAGAAAUAGUGUAAACUCGUUCUAGUUCACUCCUGCUUACACAAUCCAAUGCUUUGAAACCACUUGAUGGGAAGUGAACAAGUGCACACCUGGAAGUGAACAAAUGCACACUUCGGGUAGAAGGAUAUAGAAUGGGAGUUGGGCUGCGGUUUGUGUUUGCUUUAGUUGCUCAGGAACGUAGAGAUGACGAGGGUCCGGUCUGCAGCUAUUUCCCAGCCUGCUGUCAGAUAAUUGUGCAGCCGCUUAUACAACGCAAUGACAAAUACUGCACACUGGCACCAUACUGCACACGCUGACCUUAUCUGCUGAAUGAUGCUUCUCACUGGGUAUCUGUCUAUGUCGGACUGGGGAGGGUGGAAGGUACACUACCAGUCAAAAGUUUGGACACACCUACUCAUUCAAGGGUUUUUCUUUAUUUUUACUAUUUUUUACAUUGUAGAAUAAUAGUGAAGACAUCAAAACUAUGAAAUAACACACAUGGAAUCAUGUAGUAAACCAAAAAGUUUUCAACAAAUCAAAAUAUAUUUUAUAUUUGAGAUUCUUAAAAGUAGCCACCCUUUGCCUUGAUGACAGCUCUGCACACUCUUGGCAUUCUCUCAACCAGCUUCACCUGGAAUGCUUUUCCAACAGUCUUGAAGGAGUUCCUACAUAUGCAGAGCACUUGUUGGCUGCUUUUCCUUCACCCUGCGGACCAACUCAUCCCAAACCAUCUCAAUUGGGUUGAGGUCAGGGGAUUGUGGAGGCCAGGUCAUCUGAUGCAGCACUCCAUCCCUCUCCUUCUUGGUAAAAUAGCCCUUAAACAGCCUGGAGGUGUGUUGGAUCAUUGUCCUGUUGAUAAACAAAUGAUAGUCUCACUAAGCCCAAACCAGAUGGGAUGGUGUAUCGCUGUAGAAGGCUGUGGUAGCCAUGCUGGUUAAGUGUGCCUUGAAUUCUAAACAAAUCACAGACAGUGUCACGACAAAGCACCCCCACACCAUAACACCUCCUCCUCCAUGCUUUACCACCGCGGAGAUCAUCCGUUCACCCACACCGCGUCUCACAAAGACACGGUGGUUGGAACCAAAAAUCUCAAAUUUGCGCUCCAGACCAAAGGACAGAGUUCCACCGGUCCAAUGUCCAUUGCUCGUGUUUCUUGGUGUCCUUUAGUAGUGGUUUCUUUGCAGCAAUUCAACCAUGAAGGCCUGAUUCACACCGUCCCCUCUGAACAGUUGAUGUUGAGGUGUGUCUGUUACUUGAACUCUGUGAAGCAUUUAUUUGGGCUGCAAUUUCUGAGGCUGGUAACUCUGAUUAAGUUAUCCUCUGCAGCAGAGGUAACUCUGGGUCUUCCAUUCCUGUGGUGGUCCUCAUGAGAACCAGUUUCAUCAUAGCACUUGAUGUUUUUUGCGACUGCACUUGAAGAAACUUUAAAAGUUCUUGAAAUGUUCCAUAUUGACUGACCUUCAUGUCUUAAAGUAAUGAUGGACUGUCGUUUCUCUUUGCUUAUUUGAGCUGUUCUUGCCAUAAUAUGGACUUGGUCUUUUACCAAAUAGGGCUAUCUUCUGUAUACCCCCCCACCAUGUCACAACAUAACUGAUUGGCUCAAACGCAUUAAGAAGGAAAUAAAUCCCACAAAUGAACUUUUAAGAAGGCACACCUGUUCAUUGAAAUCCAUUCCAGGUGACUACCUCAUGAAGCUGGUUGAGAGAAUGUCAAGAGUGUGCAAAGCUGUCAUCAAGGCAAAGGGUGGCUAUUUGAAGAAUCUCAAAUACAAAAUAUGUUUUGAUUUGUUGAACACUUUUUUGGUUACUACAUGAUUCCAUAUGUGUUAUUUCAUAGUUUUGAUGUCUUCACUAUUAUUCUACAAUGUAUAAAAUAGUAAAAAUAAAGAAAAACCCUGGAAUGAGUAGGUGUGUCCAAACUUUUGACUGGUAUUGUAUGUUCUCAUCGUAUACUGUUUAUGAACGCAUACAUGCCUAUAUGGCUUUGGGGUAAACAUUAACUACAGGCCUCAGAAAGCUGGUGACCAGUUUUGAUUUAAUUGGGCCCUUGGUGUCCAAACAAAUCAUUUACACAUCCAUAUGUAUUUUUCUUCUUUCAGAUGACACAAAGAUUUCCCUGCACACAGUAAAAGAAGCGUGUAAGUGGUUGCCAAUCUCUUGCAUGGUUCCAACAUUCUCAUGAAUAAAACAUAUGAUCACGAUAGGCAGGGUUUGCACUUUUAAGACUAUUACAUUGGUUCCAUUACACUGGCAAGCUAAAUAAAACACACCUAAAGCAUUUUUAUGAAAACAAAUAUUAUUUUGACCCAGAUAUGAGCAACAACCCAGCAAACAGUGAAGAUUCCUCCAACGUUAGGUAUCGUCCGUUACUUCUCCCCCUCCAGCUGCUGAAGUGGACGAGCCAGAGGAGGAGCAGAGAGACGUGCACCUACAGACUGGUCUCCUGGUGGGCAUCUCGCUGGCCAUGAUUGCCAUGGCAGCAGCUGUCAUAGCAACGGUGUACAUGUACAACCACCCGACCUCCAGCGCCAGCCUAUUCUUCAUUGAGGUAAGUAGGCCUACUGCCCCCUGCUGGCACUCACAAAGAUUAAUAUGCCUUUAUUUACACCUUGAUUUGGUAAGGGAAGUCACUGAGAGCACAUCUAAUUUGAUGUAUUUUGUUAAAGGCUUAACACACUGUGACAUUUAGGUCAUUGAAGACCUUCAUCAGACAGAACAUCAGACCUUGUUUAUGCCUACAUGGAGUAGUUACACAUUUUAGGGAAGCUCCUCUAAUACGUAUUUUUUUAGCACAAACCUCCUUUCAGUUCUUCUACCUGUGCUUCCGAACCCAGAGGCGGCCCGCACGCUGGCCGGUCAUGAAGAUGAAGUUCCGUCGCGGCUCUGGGAAUCCUGUGUACGCCGAGGUGGAGGCUGCAGGGUUGGAGAAGGACAGUCUGGUGGUCAUCGACCCCAAACACACCUUCAUCAUCUCCGGCCACGACCGCAGGGAGAGCUUCAUGGACGGCAAGGACGGCUUCAUCGUCCCCAACCAAAGAGAACGCUUCCUGUCAGACCAUUGCUGA